ACGCAGAAGAAGAAGGGGAAAGAAGAAGAAGAAGAAGAAGAAGACGACGACGACUAAGAGGGACUGGUGGUUUGGGUUGUGUUCGGCAGAAGGAGCCGUCAGCUGUGGGGGGUAUCGACUCUCUUUACGGUCCUGCUUCAAAGUAAAGACCGAGAAAACCAUCGGAUCCUCUGCAAUAUUACGGGAGAUGGAUAACAGUAAACGGAGUGUGGUCGUUACAGGUUUUGAACCAUUUGGAGAGCACACGGUCAACGCCAGCUGGGUAGCAGUACAGGAACUGAAGAAGCUCGGACUGGGCAGUGAAGUGGACUUGCACGUAUACGAGGUUCCCGUAGAGUACCAGAAAGUCCAGAGUUUGGUUCCUUCAUUAUGGAAGCAGUAUCAUCCACAGCUGGUAGUUCAUGUUGGAGUCUCAGGUAUGGCCACCACUGUCACACUGGAGAAGUGUGGCAGAAAUCAUGGAUAUAAGGGUCUGGACAACAGUAGCUUCUGCCCUGAUUCACAGUGUUGCAUCGUGGGAGGCCCAGACUGUAUUGACUCUGUUAUUGACAUGGAACUAGUCUGCAAGAGAGUGACUGCCUCUGGGCUGGGAGUAGCUGUGUCUGUCUCUAAAGAUGCCGGAAGGUAUCUUUGUGAUUUCACCUACUACACGUCUCUGUACCUGAGCCACGGUCGCUCUGCCUUCAUCCACGUGCCUCCUCUCGGAAAGCCUUACAGCGGGGAAGACCUGGGUCGUGCGGUGAAGGCCAUUAUCCAGGAGAUGCUGGAGCUUCUGGAUCAGGUUGAGGAGAAGAUCCACUGCCAGCAACAUUUCCACUAAGUGACCUCCAGAUGCCAACCAGCCUCUUCAGCUGUCACCACACAAAAGAAAUUGCACUUAAUCACAAGUAGCCAAACAUCUUUGUUUUAAACUGUUAUCUCUACUUGGACAAAAUGAAAACUUCAGCAUAUAUAUGAUGUUUUGAAUAUUUUGCUUCUCUUUAUCUUAGGUUUUUGCUUCUUGUUUUACUAGGCCUGAUUUGGUAACGUUUUAAUGUCUGCCAAUGGUAAGAUGAUAAAGUGGAAGUUUCAGGACAGCCCUCGGUCACACUGUAACAUAAGCUUUUCUCCCACUCCUGAGAAGCAUGAACCAUUGAUUUUAGAGUGUAAAAUACACAACAUACCCUAGGUUCAACUGUGAAAAUACAGCAGCAAAGUACUACGCAUAUUGGUUUAUGUGCAGAAGGUCAUGCAGAGCGUUUGUAAUGUAGCAGUAAUACAACCUAUAACCCCAAAUGUGACUCCUAUUAUUGCACCUUAUAGGGUUAGGGUUAUUGAGAUAGUUAUAGAAGUGACAUUUGGGGAAAGUGCUAGAUGCACUCUACAUUAUUUUACUUUUGUAAUGCUUAAUCCUCAAACUUUGAGAUUCAGGAUUUUGAGUUUUGCUCUGCCUUGUUUCAUUCAACAGGUGUCAACACCUGUUUCUUGCUAAAUGGUUAAUAUACAUGAUACAUUAUCGUUUAAGUAGCGAAGUUUAGCAGAGAACUGUUUGAUAGCUUCAGUUUCCUUCAGACAUUCUUUUCAGUUGCUCUAAAGCCGAACUGUACUGUUUCAGAUUUGAUGUUGAAUUGUUUCUGGAGUCCUUUUUCUUUAUAAGAAGUUGUAAAUUUGCCUUCUUUUACAAAGGUUAUUGAAAUCAGGGAACGGGUUGGUUCCAACUCAUAUUUCCCCAGUUUGUCGGCCCAGUUCUGACAGGAAAACACCAAAAUCCCCCCCUGAUGAGAUCUGACCCUAGGCUGUGCAGUGUUAUUUUGCAGAUCUCGCUCACUGAUUUAGGACAUAUCCUUUUAUUACUGUUUGAGAAAAUAUUAAGCAUUACACUAUUUACUGCAGAAAUUCAGAUUGCAUGAAGGCAUGUGUAACAUGUACUAAGCAAAAUAUUAUAUAUAUAUUUUUUUGUUUUGUUUUUUUAAUUGUACAUCCAUUAAUGUACUUUUUAAGGAACUGAACAAAUACCAGACGUUAAAGCUGCAUUAAGCCGUUUUUGCAAACAGUAAAGAACCAGAAGACUUGACAGAUUAACACUGAAUCUUCUUGUCACUGUGUCAGUGUUGAGUUCCACACUGGAUUGUGGCACGAAGCUGAAGUCACUGCGCUGCAUUUCUGAGUAGUAACAUUCAUUUUUAAUUUAAACAUUUCACUUCCGGUGAUGUAGGAUCUUUAGUGUGCAAAGAUACCCGCUGGUUUUAUGUUUGUUUUGUUUUAAGCUGUGUAGAAAACUUGCAGUUUUGGAAAAAAAAAGCAAUUUGCAGUUUGUUUUUGAUUUUAAAUUUGAAGGCAAACGGCGAAUUCCUUUCCUUUAUAAAACCAUUCUGUUCCCUUCAUUGAAUCAGAAGUAGCUGCUCAUUUUAUCUGAGAAUUUGAUUCAGUGAAGUAGAACUCUCAGUUCAGUCAGAAUUGGGCCUGGAAUUUUAUUUCUGUAGCACUUUCUUUCUUCUGUAUUUCAUUUUUACUUAAUCUGGAAUUCAGACACCAUUUUUCAAGCAAUGUGAAUGCUUGCAUUUUUAUUUUCAGCCACUUUAACUUGAAAUAUGUAGCUUUCCAUACACAUCCACACCAAGUUUUACUGUUUUCCCCUCAGUGAUUAGAAUUAUGUAUAUGAUAUAUAUUAUGGGUGAGUUAUACUUUCUUUUUCCUAAGCUCUGUUUGUUCUGACCUGUUAAACUCUAGCAGAUUCUUUCACUGCCUGUGAUGGUGCCACUCUGGGUGUAAUGUUCUGUUUUAGGGCUUUUUUUUUAAAUUGAAUUGUCUUCACUGUGUAGAUCGGUGUUUCCCCGGCUGCUGAGUUGCUGUCACAGCCCACACCACCGAACUUCACUUUCAUCAGUUUUACUAGAACAUAUUACAUGGAAUGGUCUGCAUACUGCUUCAGACCCCCAUGCGUCCCUGAUAAAACUCUGUCAGUGGGAAAUAGGGAUGUAGUUUUAAACUGUCAUAGCUAGUCUUAACAAACUAACUGAACAGUGUGUUUUGCAGCAGUAACCAUAAGACCCAUUGUUACGUUUUUAGUUAAAAUAUUUUUUUUUUCUCCUGACACAGGUAAGCUGGCGUCAGUGGGUUCAGUUGCUAUUAUGUAUUAUGCUUUUUACCGCAAUGUAACAUCAUGAACAUUUAACAACUUCUCAGACCUAAAUUAUAUUUUAGCCUUUGUUAUUUAAUGUACAUCUUGGAUGGGGGGGUCUUGUAUGGGAUCAUUGACUGACGGACAGGUUUUAGUUCUGAGUUUGUAGGUGCUGAUGUUUUACUGUGGCUUUGUGAGUGCUGAGAAGUGAAAGGGUUGUAGAGGAGUGGCACCUAAAAUGUGUGCUCACAAAAGUGAAAGCCUCAAGUUUACAAAUGAGGUGACCUCUGACCCUGACUCUCUCCUGUGCCUUGCUGUUGUUUGUGUUAUGAAAAGGCCUUACAAAUUGUCAGAAGGUCUGAUCAAAGAUAUAUUACUGAUGCUAUCCAGUCAGAUGUGCGGCUACCUCAAAAAAAAAAAACUUCUUUAAUGUCAGUGUGUUGUACAGUAACAUUAAGCACUGUUCAAUAAGAAAUUACAGCUUUGCAAAAGGCUUUGAAAUAAAAAGAAUUAAAAGAUUAUAAACAC